CCCAGUUCCCCGCAGCCGCAGCCGCAGCCGCCGCCCGCCCGGGUCCCGCGGAGAGCGCGCAGCGCCGAGGUGGGAGCGCCGGGAGCAGCAGCGCCUAGAUAAUGCCCAGGGGUGAGCUGUCCUGAGCCGCUGAGUUCCAGUUACCUGUCUGUUCACGCACACCCCACGUAGCCUGCCAGCACCGCCCACCAUGGAGUCCAGGGGGAAGGCGACCAGCGGCCCCAAGCCUGACACCAAGGCUCCACAGGCCGCUGCUGAGGCCAGAGCCCCGCCAGCUGCGGAUGGGAAAGCCCCCUCAGCUAAGCCUGGGAAGAAGGAGGCCCAAGCAGAGAAGCAAGAGCCCCCAGCGGCCCCCACACCACCGACUGCCAAGAAGACCCCAGCCAAGGCAGACCCUACCCUUCUCAAUAACCACAGCAACCUGAAGCCAGCCCCUGCAGUCCCCGGCAGCCCCGAUGCCACCCCCGAGCCCAAGGGCCCUGGGGAUGGGGCUGAGGAGGAUGAAGCCCCCAGCGGGGGUCCAGGGGGCCGUGGCCCUUGCCCCUUUGAGAACUUGACCCCCCUGCUGGUGGCUGGGGGUGUGGCCGUAGCAGCCGUAGCCCUAAUUCUUGGUGUGGCCUUCCUGGCCCGGAAAAAAUGAUGGCUGGUGCCCAGGUGGGGGCACAGCCACUUCCUGUACAGAUCUCAGGAGCCUAGUGCAUGCCGAGCUCACACACAGCUAUCUAUACGUCCGUACACGCAUACCAUAUAGACACGUAUACCCCCACACACGCAGAGGGACAGACACGGACAGGCCCCCCAAAUCCCCUCGCUGGCCCCCGGCACAUCCCACUCCCAGGCUCCAGGGUUUACUGAGCAGCAGAGGACAGAGCUCCCACAUGGGGCAGAGGUCUCGGCCGAGGCCACGAUAUUGGGGGGCAGCGGGAGGAGGGGAUCUCGAGUGUGGCCCUCCUGCCUACGGGCAGGUGUGUCCACCGUGGACACACUCACGUGUGUCAGCCGGUCCCCAGAGGCCCCCGUGGUCCCGUGCGCUUACUGGCAGCAGAGUCCGGACGAGUCCUCAGGGCUGGGCAGGGUCCGGGAUGGGCUCCAACGAGGGCCCAGCCCAUGUGGGGACAUUAAAGGGUACGGCUGUCUCACUCUCCCCAUUUCUGCUUUGUUUGUAGCUGGGCAGGGUUGGGGGUCCAUCUGGGAAGGGCCCGGGCAGUAGGGUGACCCGAACCAAGCCGUGGCAGUGCUUCCAUGCCACCUCUGUCCAUCGCCUGCACCCUGGCUGGGUGGACAGAGCCCAAAGGCUGGUCUGGGGGGGCUUCCACCAUUCACCUUCCAGGGGAGCCGCCGAGGCUGGGGCCACCUCACUUCCUGCCCUGAUUCUUCCUCGUCCCGCAGCAGUUGUCCUUGGGGCAUCUGAGGGCCUGGCAGGGAGGCCGGGGAUGGGGGGGAUGUCGCUCGCCUCUCCCCUGUAGACCGCCCCUCCCACCUCACCCAGCGUCCUUGGACUCUACCAAGCGUAUGAAUGCAGUAAAACAGGUAGAGCUGUUUGGUGGGGACCAUCGCCCACGUCCGCUGCCCCGUUGUGCCUGGAGGGCGACUGUGCUGUGCCGUCCCUCCUCAGCACAUCGGAUCCCAGCUUGGCCCGUGGCACGAUGGCAGUGGGCAGGCUCUGGAGGGUGGCCAUGGGCACUGUGGGCACUGACACACCCUGGCCUGUCCAGCCGACCACUGGAACCCUGGGCCUGAGUGGAGGCUGAGUCUGAAAUAAACUCUGUUGUCUAAUGGUUGGGCUAGUGUCCUCACCUACCCGGGGCGGGGAAAGUCACAAGGGCUUCCCAUGGCGGUGUGGGGGUGGUCACAUAGCCACACCACCAGGCUUUCCAAAGAGGAAUAGGGAGCUUCAGCUGCCACCCCCCCCCACCUCCUGCCACCCCCACGCUUUGAUCCUGGGCCCUGCCCCAUCCCAGACAGCCAGACCCCAGAGGGACUCUCACCACCUGGGCUGCCAGCCACAGUGCACAGGGCAGGGCUGGGACUGGAGCAGUAAGGACAUGGGAGGGGGAAGGAGGACCUCGCUCUGACGUCUGAGGCCAGGGGUUAACACUUUCUCCACCACCGUCUGCAGUGUGGGGCACAGAGGAGACUGGGAAGAUGGGCUUUCCUCCUCUUCCCGCCCCACUGCCCACAGCUCCCUGAGCCCACUCUGGCCAGAUGACCCAACUGGUCGGGCCUGCCUGCCCCCUCCCAGCUGUGGGCAAGGCUGUAGGGGCAGGGUCUGGGAGAGCAAGACCCUGCUGGGUCCAGAAGCCCUCCUGUGGGCUUUGUCACUCUGGGCCCCUCCUGCCCCCAGCCUCUUGGAGCUGACGUGUUGGGGGCCACGCCCUUCCCUUCUUUUCCUGGUACCCACCCUCCCAGGGUGGCACACCCGGUCCCUGUACCCACAUAGCAGGCCCAGGCAAGUCCGGGGAACUUCCAUCGAGUGAAACAUCCAAAACAGUCCUGUCACCCUCUCCCAGACACGCCCCUCCUCCGAGUCCUGGAGCCUCCCCCUGACCCCUGCCCACACCCCCCGGUUCCUCAGAGUCCUUGAGCCACCUGGCCAGAGUGUGCCACACGGGGUGGGGCGCUGUGGAGCAGGGCAGAAACAGGCCCCAGGUCCAGCCUCUGGCCCCCCUGCCCCGCAGGU